CCGAGCUCCAACCAUUCCAACUUCUUCAAUUCACUCGCCAUGAGAACAGUCUUCCCAACCAGACCCGUCCACACUCUCAAAACACAUAAUGGUCCGGUAAACGCAGUAACAUUCUCCAGCUACCCAGGCACCUACAUCCUAACAGGCUCCUCCGACCGAACCGUCCACCUGACGCGCGCAAUCCCUAACACAAACAAAAAAAGCGAUCCAAUCGAAACAACCUCCCCAAUCCAGAAAUACGAGGCGCACGGCUACUCCGUCCUAGACAUCGCCGUCGCAGCCGAUAAUGCCCGCUUCGCUAGCGUAGGCGGUGACCGCCAGGUCUUCCUGUGGGAUGUUGAGCAGGGUAUCACGACGAGACGGUGGUCAGGGCAUAAUAGUCGUAUUGAGGCUGUGCAGUUUGCGGGGGAGGGGGAUGGGGUUGUUGUUACUGGCAGCGCAGAUACCACAAUAAACCUCUGGGAUACACGCGCCAACAGCCACAAACCAAUCCAAACCCUCACAGAAGCAACUGACACCGUCUCAAGUCUACAUGUACACAUGGGAUCGUACUCAAUCGCAAGCGGGAGCUAUGACGGCCACGCGCGGAUCUAUGACGUGCGCACGGGCAAGACGAGCGUUGAUGUCCUUGCGCAUCCAGUUACCAGUGUGAGGUGUUCUGCGGAUGGGAAUGCUUUGCUUGUUUCUACGCUUGAUGGAUAUAUCCGGAUGUUGGAUCGUGUUGAUGGGGGGUUGUUGAAGGGAUUUGGGGAUGGGAAUAAGGAGGAGAAGGGGAAGGGGGUUGGGCAUAAGUAUCGGAAUACGGAGUUGAGGGUGAGGUCCGUGUUUGCGCAGGGUGAUGCUGUUGUGUUGAGUGGGAGUGAGGCUGGUGGUGGUGGGGAUGGGGCAGCGUCGUUUGCGUGGGAUGUUAUUAGUGGGGAGGUUAUUGCUGCUGUUCCUAUGGGGGAGAAGGUUAAGGCUGUUAGUUGUGUGGCGUGGAAUGAGAAAGGUGGGGAUUGGGCUGCUGGGUGUUCGGAUGGCACUGUUCGAGUCUAUGGCUGAAUGGGUUCAUGGUUAGGGAAUGAACCAUCUUCACUGGACUG